GACACACUUGGGCGGCAAGAUGAUGGGCCAAUACCUGCUGCUCUCCCGACAAACACCAUCUUCGGCCUUACGCACAAGUGCUCCGCCGCGAGUAGCUCCGUCGUUGCUGAGGCCUCGGACUUUAUCCUCGAGCGCUCCUGGUACUCGCAAGACGGUAGAGGACUUUAUUUUCAAGGCGAAAGAGACGAUGCGAGGCGGCUCGACUGAUCAACUGUGUUCUGAGCCGCUUUCCUCAGUCGUGACUCCUCCAGCAGACGUCAUGGGGUCGAGGCGUGGACUAGCAAGAUCCACCUCUGUUGGCGAUGCGGAGCUAAUCCGCUCCAAUGGAGUCAAUGAUCUUGAUUUCCUGAUACCCCAAGCAACCAAGCCGAAUCUAGACCAUAGGAUACAUAUCACCAUGCGCGAACGCUGUAUAGUUUACCGUCGUCUUUCGUCUACAGCCUCGUCUUCAACUAGCAGAUCUACCUCCGGUUCAACGCCCAGCUUGAAGUCCCGACCAAGGUUCGCAUUGCGCAAUGGCACCGGUACAUCGAGAUCGUGGCAGAGAUCCGACAGACCGAGCCCGUCUGCUUCUUAUAAGCAUUCAGACGAUAUGGGCCGGAUACAGGAAAUGAGCUAUCCACUGGAUACUCAUCAUGCAAUUUCCGAUGAUGACAUACCCCAGUCCUUGGACGGCAUCACAGGCUAUGACCGAGCAUUCAAGACGCUGGCGGAGGUCAAACGACACAGUUCUGUAACGCGAUUGAAGAUAAAUGCAACAUUUCCGAGGACAUCUCGUGCUCAUAGCCAAAGCAACAUUGAGGACUAUUACGAUAGCAGUGAGGAUGGGACCAUGGGUACCGUCUCCUUGGAGAAACUUACAUACAGCUGCCCCCAUGCAAGAUACGACUCGAUUCACCAGGCCACGAUACCCGAGGAUAAUCGCAAUGUAUUGCUGACCUUGAUGCAACAGACGAUGCAAUCUAACGAUAUGCCCGCCGUGGCACGCCUGCUCGCUUCUACAUCUCGACAAGGAUGCAGUUACAAUGGUCUAAUUGUUCGCCCUGGGCUGCGACGGCCCUCCACAGUCCAAUAUACAGGUUCGGCGUCCCCAUUGUCGUCUAUGACUCACCGCUGUCAUCGAUUCAGUCGGCGCAAGCGGUUGGGGAGUCCUUAUUUCGGCCUUAUUCCUGAAGAAGGAAAGCUCGUGCGACCGGAGUCUAAUGUUUACUCUGAUGAGGACAUGGAUUACUUUUAUAAUCAUCUAUCUGUAGUUUGCGAUGGCAAGGGCAAACCGACUCACCAUGGCGCCAGUGUAUCUCCUCAGUACAUUCGUAAGCGACUUACGAGCAGGAAACGUUCUCGCGAUUCAGGACGUUCAAAUGACUUCAGAAUAAGGGCUCAGUAUUCGACGAUCCUUUAUGAUGUUGCAGUGGCCGCACUGCUCGAGGGAGAGAACCUAGUUGAUUUCGCCUCCACCUUCAGGUGUGAUCCAGCCAAACCCGACUCACCUUUGGUGCCUUGUUUCGAACGACGAGCAGCCUCAGUACCCGCUCGUGGAACCACAGCUUCGUCGUUUCCGCUCGGGAAUACUCUAUAUAGUGGAUGCGGUUCACCGCUGGCCAUGGGUAUGAGGGAUAACGAGGGUAUGGUGUACAGCACCCCUUUGAAUCGCAUGAUUGCAUUGCCAAAGGGCUCGAGACCGACUAGGACACAGUCCUCAAAGUUGCCCAGGUCGCGAUCCAAAGCUCAUACCAAGGUCCCUGCAAUCUAUGUAUCAAGUCGUGAACGAUUGCUGGCGAUGGGACCACUGCCGCCAGCACCAGCUGACCUUCCACCAGCACCAGUUGCUCUUUCUCCAACAAGUCCUGUAGAUUCUGUCGCCCAACGCUAAACCUAAAAUGAUAGAACUCCUGAACUUGUUGGCCCAAGCGCGUUCGUAGCCAAAAAAAUAAACUGGCACAAAG